AAUAAAAUACAGAAGUAUCCAAAAGAAAAGAGAAACUUUCCUGUUCUUGUUACACCUGUUGCCAUAUCAGACUGCUUGAUGGCUGUUACCCAGGCUGUGCUCCCUUCCUUCAGCUCCUUCUCCAACCUCUCUCACUCCACUGACAAUAUGAAAGUGUGUAAGUCAGAUGGGUCUCUCCCUUUGGACUCCCCAAGCACUAAACUGUCACCAAAGAGCUCUGAGCAACUGCAGGUCUCUGAACAAAUGGCAGAGGAGCUCCUGGAUGAUGACAGCCAAGCAUCAUGGGACAUUGAGUUUCUGCUGUCAGAGUGGCGCAGCCCUUCCCCCGACCCUAGCCCCUCUCUCAACAACAGCAACCAACUGCUUCCGCAGUUUGACCCAAACACUGCAUACCAAGAGACGAGUGUGCUUAAGGACCCAUCAGGACAGGAGAGUCUACAGAUGAACAGCGGCGGCCUCAUGGCUGAGCUCAUGUCCCCUGCUGAAACCACCACAGUCCAGCCAGAGCUGUACCAGCGUAGUUUUAAUGACGAUCAAACAGGUCGAACUUUAUUUUCUAAUGUGCAUAACGUAAAUCAGUUUGACUUCUCCCAAGGAGGAAGUGUUGAAAGACACAGCAGAGGAAGCCUCAGUAAGGUUGCACAAUGGGACUUCAACCCCUACUAUCACCACCACCACCAACAGCAACAGCCUCCCGUGGUGGCCAUCCCUGAAAACAGGUUCAUCCGACCUCAGCCUGUGACUCCUGACCCUCGACACUACCGCUACUUGCCCCACUUUAACCACACUGCCAGCCUUUACUGUGACUACAACCACAGCCAGGGGCAUUUGCCCCUGCACCAGCAGCCUCUGCUGGUUGGACAACAGGUGCCCCCUAGUGGGCUGGAAGGGAAGCGUGGCAGAAGAGCUACGGGGAAAAAGAGACCAGCCAUCCACAGAUGUGAAUACCCCGGCUGCAGCAAGACCUACACCAAGAGCUCGCACCUCAAGGCUCACCUCCGCACCCACACAGGUGAAAAGCCUUACCACUGUUCAUGGGAGGGCUGCAGCUGGAAAUUUGCCCGCUCGGAUGAGCUGACACGUCACUACCGCAAGCACACGGGUCAGAAACCGUACCAGUGUAUGCUCUGUCAGAGAGCCUUCUCUCGCUCAGACCACCUGGCUCUGCACAUGAAGAGACACAACUAAAGCUCUCGCAUAUACACAAAUCUACACCUCUGCCAUUAUAGGACAUUUUAAUUAAAAAGUAGACAAAUUUUGUCUGAAUGUAGGACCUCAAAACUCAUCCGGUGUAGAUGUUUUUGGUAUACUUACAAAACAAAUGAGAUAGGUCUAACUCAAAAUCUAAUUGAAAACCCUUCAGCUUCAGAAAUGAUUGAUAUCCGUCACUCAAAGAGUGACCAUUAGUAAUUGCUGAAGCACCGGUAAUUAGAGGAGUACUCCACAGAAAAAAGAUGGAGCAGGGGACUUGCUGCAGGCACUGUAGCAGGUUUAUCUCCUUUGUCUCUCUCUAUUACACAUAUUUUAAUUUUGAGAACCUUCAGUGGUGUUUCCCUGUUCUUGAAGGGCACCACGUCUAUUUUUAUUAUAAAACUCUGCUGUAGUAACAUUGCAUGAGUCACAGUUCAAAACAAAACUUCAUCUUAUAUUAAAUCUUGGUGCAACGCCUCAUGUUAUCCCUGGUCUCAAAGAAGCCAGCUUUACCAUGACUGGCUGCUCGUGUGGGGCUUUUGUGCUAAAAUGACCGUUUUAGAGAUAUCUACCUCUGUGACAUCAUACAAAAGAACUUGUAGAAACUGAAAGUCUGACACCUGAACAUUUAGCUGAUAGGAUUACUCACACGUACACUGACCUCAAUACGUGAAACCUUAGCCUUAUUUAACAUGAGCAUCCACCAUUGUUGACAGACAAUAUUAGAUAGGCAGAUAAUAUUGGGUACCCUUUAACCAUCACAUCUACAUAUCUGAGCACAACAGUUACCUUAAACCUUAAAUCAAAGUCCUAACUUAACCUGGCAGCAUGUCAACCAGAAGAAGACAACCUUUGUAAAAUAAGCAUGUCUAAAACUAUAAGAGCCGCUUUUACAAACACUGUACACACUGUGGGUUUACAGACAGUGGACUUAAACACUAAAAAAAGACCUAAAAGUGUUUGUAACAUUGGUUACAAGAUGACACACAACAGUGUAUCCAGAACUCUCAGCUUAUGAACAAAGCCACGAGUGCUUAUUAGCCAUGCUUAAUUAUGUCAACACUGAGAUGAUAUAGUCAUCUCAAAUUCUGUUCCCCUUACAGGCAAAGCAAGAUGAAGUACUGAUAUUUGGCAGAUUUUGGCCAAGUGCAAAUAUCAAUGUUUAAUUUAAUUUAAUUUUUUUAAUUCCCCCUUUUUGUGCAAGGGAAAGAAAGAAUACUGCACUGCAGUAUGAUUUUAUGUCCUUACAAAGUAUCUGAUAACUAUAAAUCUAUUACACUGGGUUCUAUACAGUUUAAAAGGACCACAAAACUGAUGUGACACAACAGUUAAACAUCAUGCAGUCAGAAAGAGAAACACUGACCCAUACCCAUGAGCUGGUGUGUCCAAAAUGGUAAUAGAAAUAUGACUUAAAUUAUAUGUGAAGCAAACUAAUAUUGGUUUAUUUUUUUAAAACAUAUUUUUAUUUAAAAAUAAGCAUUUGCUAAAGCUGUAAAUAAUCAGUAUUUUUCUGAGCUCUCUAUUGUCAUUAAAAAAUAAGCAACAUAUUUAUUGUCACGAUCUUUUACAACAGCAGAAGAUACUAUAUUAUUUGUAAAAUAUUUUUGUUUCAA